GUUUUAUUCACCUUAAGUUUUAACUUGCUGUCACAGAAGGAUGCCCUACAGUGGUCUCGAAAUGUGGCUGCAGUGGAUGGGGAAGAGCCAGAGGACUCUGCUGAUGUGGAAAGCUGUGGAUCUAAUGAAGCCAGCACUGUGAGUGGUGAAAAUGAUGUAUCUCUUGAUGAAACAUCUUCAAAUGCAUCAUGUUCUGCAGAAUCCCAGAGCCGGUCCCUCUCCAGUCCCAGGGAUAGCUGUAGAGCUUCCUCACAGGCAAACAAACAAAAGAAAAAGACUGGGGUCAUGCUGCCUCGUGUUGUCCUGACUCCUCUGAAGGUAAACGGGGCCCACGUGGAAUCUGCAUCAGGGUUCUCAGGCCACCACACUGAUGGUGAGAGUGGCAGCCCAUCCAGCAGCAGCAGCGGCUCUCUGGCCCUGGGCAGCGCUGUUAUUCGUGGCCAGGCCGAGGUCACCAGGGACCCUACCCCGCUCCUGAGAGGCUUCCGGAAGCCAGCCACAGGUCAAAUGAAGCGCAACAGAGGGGAAGAGGUAGAUUUUGAGACGCCUGGGUCCAUUCUUGUCAACACCAAUCUCCGGGCCCUGAUAAACUCUCGGACCUUCCAUGCGCUGCCAUCACACUUCCAGCAGCAGCUCCUCCUCCUCUUGCCUGAAGUGGACAGACAGGUGGGAACAGAUGGCCUGUUGCGCCUUAGCAGCAGUGCACUCAACAACGAGUUUUUCACCCAUGCGGCUCAGAGCUGGCGGGAACGCCUGGCUGAUGGUGAAUUCACUCAUGAGAUGCAAGUCAGGAUACGACAGGAAAUGGAAAAAGAAAAGAAGGUGGAGCAAUGGAAGGAAAAGUUCUUUGAAGACUACUAUGGACAGAGAUUGGGCUUGACCAAAGAACAGUCAUUGCAGCAGAGCAUUGCCCGGGAGGAGGCCAAAAUCAAGAGUGGCUUGUGUGUCCCAGGACAACCAGCACGACCACAACGUGGUCCAGCUACCCGUCAACGGGAUGGGCAUUUUAAGAAACGAUCUCGGCCAGAUCUCCGAACCAGAUCCAGAAGGAAUCUGUACAAAAAACAGGAGACAGAACAAGCAGGGACUGCUAAAGAUGCAAAUUCUGCACCAGGUACUGCACCCUCCAAGGAUGGGGAAGCUAAGACUGACUCAGCCGUGGUGAGCAGUUCCUCUGGGCCAGGUGUGUUCUCUGUAGCACCUGGCCCAGAAGGUCCUAAAUGUCACAGUGAACCUGUGACUUCCCGGAUCCAGACAGAACCAGACAACUCGGCAUGUGCCUCUGCAUCUCCAGACAGAAUUCCCAGCUUACCUCAGGACACUGUUGAUCAAGAGCCAAAGGAUCAGAAGAGGAAAUCCUUUGAGCAGGCAACUUCUGCAUCCUUUCCCGAAAAGAAGCCCCGGCUUGAAGAUCGUCAGUCCUUUCGUAACACAAUUGAAAGUGUUCACACCGAAAAGCCACAGCCCACUAAAGAGGAGCCCAAAGUCCCGCCCAUCCGGAUUCAACUUUCACGUAUCAAACCACCCUGGGUGGCUAAAGGUCGGCCCACUUACCAGAUAUGCCCCCGCAUCAUCCCAGUCACGGAGUCCUCCUGCAGGGGUUGGACUGGUGCCAGGACCCUUGCAGACAUUAAAGCCCGUGCUUUGCAGGCCCGAGGGGCGAGAGGCCACCACUGCCAUCGAGAAGCGGCUACCACUGCCAUCGGAGGGGGGGGUGGCCCGGGUGGAGGUGGCAGCAGGGCCAUCGAUGAGGGAGGUGGCAGAGGCAACAGCAGUGGUGAUGGUGGUGAGGCCUGUGGUCACUCUGAGCCCAGGGGAGCCCCGAGCACCCCUAGAGACUGUGCGUCAGAUCUACAACGAACACAACUAUUGCCGCUUUGUUCUCUGAAUGGAGAACACACUCAGGCUGGAGUGGCCAUGCCCAUAGCCAGGAAAGAGGACCCAGCAUCUCUCAGAAAGGAGGAGAGCUGCCCACUGCAGAGGGUUCCAGAUGCGCUUACAAGUGCACUAGAGGAUGCCUCCCAGCCCCCCAUUGCUCCUACUGGAGACCAGCCAUGCCAGGCUUUGCCGCCACUGUCUUCCCAAACUUCAGUGGCUGAGAGGUUAGCAGAACAGCCUAAGUUGCUUCUAGAUAGUAAAACUGAUUAUGAGUCUGGCACCACUUCCUGGGAAGCUUGUAAUGAGCAAGGAGCCACUGCUGUGCCAGAGAAUGGUUCUGUGCAGUCUCUAGUGGGAGAUGUAUUAGAAAGAACUGACCAGGCUUUUGAUAUUACUCCUACUAUGAAAGCUCUUGUAAGCAUAGUACCCACUUCUACACCUCAGUUGUCAUUGGCUGGCUGCCUGCUGGACAGACAUGAUGAUGGAGUAGGACUUGAUGAUUCAGGCCCCAUCAUGAGGGAAAGUGAUAGACAAGAAGCUUUGAAAACUGAGACUCUCGCAUCUGACAGUGCUGCUCCUUGGAUACCCACCCUGUCAAAUUAUGAAGUAGUCAAACAGUCUGAGCCAGAAUCCAGAGAAAAUGCACAAUCUGCAGAGCCCCAGGAUGGAGACAAGUGGGAGAGAGAUGCUCCCCUCGUUGCCAUCAGGCCUGGGGAGUUAGCCAAGGAGGGAAUGCCUUUCCCUGAGAGCAGUGCUUCACUCUGGAUUGCACCACCUGGUGGAGGUAUAGACAGCACUGGCAGUGAUGUAGACACUGAAAGGCUAAAAAUUAAUGGCAGCUCUGAAACACUGAGUCCUCACAGUGAAUCCACAGAUACUGCCUCUGACUUUGAAGUCCACCUCAUUGAAGACGGCAGUGAAGCUGACACCAGUGAAGCCACAGUGAUAAAGGAAUGCUUGGUGGGCAGGGAUGAAAAGCAUGACUGGAGACAGUCCACCUCACCAUCCAGGGUAAACCGUGACCCGAGCAUGCUUACAAGGACAGAGGGGCUGGUUGCUUCUCAGAGCUGGGUGUCUAGAGUGUGUGCAGUCUCCCAGAAGAUCCCAGACUCCUUGCUUUUGGCCAGUACUGAGUGCCAGCCGAGGUCUUUCUGCCCACCCAGACCUAGGUCUUCAGUGGAGGCAUCACCGCUUGUGAUGCAGUUGCUGCAGGAUAACUUGCCCCUAGAGAAGGUUCUUCCUCCAGACCAAAGGGGCAACAAGCCAGAAUCCCCACUACCACCUCUUGGAGGGCAGAGCCAGGAUAGGAGUACCAUACAUAAUCCUGGGGAAAAUGAGCGUCUAGUUGCCAGAAGCAGCCCUGGUUCUGUACGAGAAUUGAAUGAGCCUCGUCUGGUUCAAAGCUGUGUAGGAAGCACUGGUCUUGGCAGGGCAGAAGCCUCCCAAACUUGUGGAAUUCCUCAAAUCUCCAAGAUGUUCCCAGGUUUAGACUCCCAGCAUCCAGUGACAAAACUGACACCCUCCUCCAGUAACCUGGAAGAAGUGGGUUCCAAAGAGCAUUUCUCUUCCUUUCUUAGUGAGGAGCAGAAGGACGCUGGGAGGGUGUCCCAGGGCAGUGAUCUAGGUGCCACUCAAGGCCAGUGUCCAGGAGAUCCCACUACCUCACAAGUGCCAUGUUUCUCCUCUCCAAAUGUGCUCUCCUUUGAUGCUGGACAGACAGGAAGCACCUUGGAUGAUCAGAACAUUGCUGGAGGUCAAGAAAAGCUCUUUGGUCCUAGGAAUAAUGCUGCCACCCUUCAGAGCCCCAGGCCUGCAGACCAGACACCACUGCCUGCUGAGGGCCCUCCAGUUUUUCUCAGUAGGAAGUUAGGGCCAAGCAAAAACUCUGUAUCUGAUGGUGUACAGACUGCAAGGAAAGACUGGGCUCCAAAGCCACCGCCAGCCUCUGCUGGCAGUGUCAAGACGGAGAAGGUUUCCUCAAGGGGCCCCUUUAAGGCAGAUGCAGAGAAGAGAAAAACUGCUGGGCACAGCCCUCUGGAACUAGUAGGUCACCUGCAAGGGAUGCCUUUUGUCAUGGACCUGCCUUUCUGGAAAUUACCCCGAGAGCCAGGGAAAGGGCUCAGUCAGCCUCUGGAGCCGCCUUCUAUCCCUUCCCAGCUCAACAUCAAGCAAGCUUUUUAUGGGAAGUUUUCUAAACUCCAGCUGAGUUCCACCAGCUUUAAUUACUCCUCCAGCUCUCCUACCUUUCCCAAAGGCCUUGCUGGUAGUGUGGUGCAGCUGAGCCACAAAGCAAAUUUCGGUGCAAGUCACAGUGCAUCACUCUCCCUGCAAAUGUUCACUGACAGCAGCACAGUGGAAAGCAUCUCUCUCCAGUGUGCGUGCAGCCUAAAAGCCAUGAUCAUGUGCCAAGGCUGUGGAGCGUUCUGUCAUGAUGACUGUAUUGGACCCUCAAAGCUCUGUGUAUUGUGCCUUGUGGUGAGAUAAUAAAUUACAACCAUUGGAAAAAUUGUAUAUUUAGUGUGUGUAUUUUGAUAAUGAUUGAUCUUAAAUCUGUAUACAGAAUAUCAUUGCUAUAAUGGGCUCUCUCUAGGCAAAAUAAAGUUUG